AUGUUUUGGCAACUUUUCUUGCUUCCACAAAUUUUUGGAGCUGGUAUUUUGCGCCUGCACUUCGACUCUUCUCACAGUGUUCUUCUUCGACAAUACUUUACUGGAAAUCACUUCUCACAAAACGUUUCCGUUCCACUUUUCCCAAACAAUCUUCGAGUUUCCCAUAUUCGAAUGCCGGAAUAUUUGGAACAAUUGGAUUAUAUGGUUGGACUUCAAGACAAAUCCAGUGGGAAAAUGAUCGGACAUCAGAUCUAUCGUCGAUUGGACAUUCAAAAAUCGGAAAACUUUGCCGAAGAUGUUUACAAGGUGAAGGAUAUUCGAUUGUCGAUUCAGUGGAGAUAUGAAUGCGAUGAGACGUUUUAUGGUCCGAAAUGCCAAACAUCUUGCAAUUCGAGUAUUGCAAAACAAAAACGUCAGCGAUGUGAUGAGCAAACUGGACAGCUUCGAUGUGAUUUGGGAUGGAUGGGGAAUACUUGCUUCCAAGGUGAGCUUUUUCUGAUGUGGUCCAAAAAAUCCUGAUCUAAAUAUUUCAGUGAUCGACGCUCGCCUUUGCGAAUGUCCCACCACCGAUUACUGCGUCGCAACUCUUGCCAACUCUUCAAUCCUCGAAUGUGAAAAACGUCACGAAUCCCACCCGGACAUCUGCAUUGCCUCCCCUGAAAAUCCAACCGAAACCCAUUGUCUCAACGGCGGGAAAUGUCAUUCAAACGGCCCACAUCGAUUCUGCGAAUGUCCGGAUGAAUAUUUCGGAGAGAAUUGUCAAAAUGAAUUCGAAGAAUCGUCAGGAAUAUCAACAUUUUUCUUUUGCUUGAUCAUUUUUCUAUUGAUGUGCCCGAUUUUGAUACUUACAACUCUUUUGUACUUCAAACAUUUGCGGCUUUCAAGAUUUAUGGAGGAUUUUGACAUUUCGGUUUCGUAUAAUGUGAAAAGUGGACAUGAAACUGUCAGCAUUUGUAAUCCAUACACAUUGGAGCCAAAGUGAGUUAUAUAUUUAUAUAUUUAUUUAUUUAUUCCCAAAAUUUUAAAUGGAAUUUUUUUUUCAGAAUUGAUUCAUCUUCCUGUGUCCUCGUCGACAAAAGUUUCAAGAGUGAUCUAUCAAGAUGCAGUGACAUUGUUCAAGGAAUUUCGGAUAGUGGGACACUGAAAUGCAGCGAACUUUUCCCAGAUGAUUCUGAAGAUGAAGGUUACGCGGGAAUUCGCGAAUUUUGAUAGUUACUGAAAGAAAUCACAAUUAAAAUUACAAUUUUUUUUGAAUUCGGGAUUUUUGAUUUUUUGAGAGAGAGAGAGUUUUGACAAGGUUCAUUUUUGAAGUCUAGGAAUUAUAUUUUCUCCAGUUCAAAACUCUUGAAAUUUUAUUUGUGGUUUCCUUCAGUUUUUUGUAUGUACGUAUAUUCUUUUUUUUUUCUUGUGGUAGUAUUUUUUUGGUUAUUCAUGUUCAUUCGAAAACCAGCAUUUUUUUAAUUGUGAUAAUUAUUUUUUUUUUAAUUUUUUUUGUUAGGGUUCUUCAUGUUCAUUCGAAAGCCUUCAGAUGUUUCUAUAUUUUUUUCAUUGUAGUGUUUUUCAGGGUUAUUCAUGUUCAUUCGAAAACCCGCCAAAUCUUCAUUCUAGUUUUUUUUUCAAAUGAAGUUUUGGUUAAAAUAAGUUGUUUAUUAUAGUUUGAAAUUCCAGAAAACAGGGGUAAAUACAAAAACUAAAAUUGAAAUUGUGUACAUCAAAAAACCCUUACAUUUUUUUCAUGAAUUCAUCUCAAGGGAACAUAUUAAAAUGUGAUUUGAUUAUUGGAAAAAAAUCAAAACUUUUCAAAUAAUAGAAAGAAUUUUUCAAUACAUAUAAAACACUCCAACAAAAACUGAACUUUUCCCAAAAUGAUUAUUUUUCUAGUUUUCCUAACUCGAGUUGUUUGUGAUAUUCCAAGACUUCCUCUAAACCUCUAUGUCCCUUUGAAAUAUGAUUUAGAAGUCAAAACAUAUCUUCCUGGUUUUCUUGAAAAUGAUUUCCCAAUUUCAAAAAAUAUGACAUUUUGGGGGAAUCUACAAAUUGAUUUGGAUGUUCGAGAAAAUUUGGAUUAUUUGAUUAUUCAUGCAGCUCAAAAUAUUUCGUUUGAUGUUUCGAGAUGUUUUAUCUACCAGGUAGAUCGGAAGAUACAACAAUUAUUUACUCAAAAAAAUUUAUCAAAAAUUUCAGAACUCCAAACGAAUAAACGUUGAAAAUAUAUCUGAAAGUGAUGAAUUCCAGCAGGUUCGAAUAAAUUUCCCUAGAACCAUCCAAGCAAGAAUUUCCACUCAAUUAAUCCUUGCAUAUCAUUCAAAUCUGACACUCUCAGAAGGUAUAGGCUAUUUUGCCUCCAUCUCCACUGAAUCGCCAAACAAACUUCAAACAUCCACAAAUCUUUCACCAUAUUAUGCAAGAUUCGCGUUUCCUUGCUUCGAUGAACCUGCUAUAAAAGUUCCAUGGACUGUCACAAUGAUUCAUCCAAAGGGCACUAGAGCUCUCUCAAAUAUGCAUAAUAUUUCAGAAGAUGUUCGUGGUGAUUUUGUGCAUACAAGUUUUGCACAAACCCCAAAAAUGUCUUCGUAUUUAGUCGCUUUUGCACUUCUUGAGGAAGAUCGGAAUUUUAAAAUGAUGAAAACUAGGAAAACAGGAAUGGAAGUUAGAAUGUUUGAACCAAUGAAAAAUAUAACAAAACUCAAAAUCGCUGUGAACAUUAUCGAUUAUUUUGAAGAAAAUUUUAAUCUAACAAUUCCUUUGAAAAAAUUUGAUUUGGUGCAAUAUCCUAUAAAAUACAAUGCAAUGGAAAAUUGGGGCCUCACAGUUUUUAAUCACGAUGGCUUAGAUACAAUGGCACAUGAGUUGGCUCAUCAGUGGUUUGGAAAUUUGGUCACUCAUGAAUUUUGGACUGAAACUUGGCUGAAAGAGGGGUUGUCUUCAUUGUAUGGACGUAUCGCCUUGACUAAUGUUACUGGAGGAUCGUAUGUUAAGAGAAGUUCAGAGUUUGCCCAGUGGUAUUUGAAUAAUCAUGUGUCCGGGGGUUAUAAAGAUGAAAAACCAUGUACGCUUUCAGGUAAUUUUUUCAAAAACUCUCACGUUUAAUUUCCCCAGAAAAUCAAUAAUUCCAGGAUUCCACAAUUUCACAACUCUCCCAAUUUAUGCAUUCUCAUCUAUGUCUUAUUAUAAAGCACCCGCAAUUCUAAACAUGUUCAGAAAUAGCAUCAGAAGAAGUCGAUUCGACAAUCAAAUCAAAAAAUUCCUUGAAGAAAAUGCAUAUUCCAAUGUAACAUCAGCAACUCUUUUCAAUUAUUUGAGUUUCGAUAAUUCAGAAAUCAAAAACUUCCUGGAGCCUUGGUUUGGACAAGUUGGAGUGCCAUUGUUGCGAGCAGAUCAUUUUAAUUCGACUCACAAGAUUCUGAGCCAGGAAAGAUUUGAUAAUGGGAAAUUGGAAGAUUUGGACAAAAAUCUUGAAGUUCCACAAUGGAAUUAUCAGUGGGAUAUUCCAGUGUGGUUUUUGCUUGAGAAUAAAUUGGAUAUGAUGAUGCUUCCCAGAGGUGAUAUCACACUAUUGAUUGAUAAAAGAGCCAUUCUGAAUCCCAAGGGGAAUGGAGUUUUUAUAACUCUCGAUAAAUCUGAAAUUAUUGAUCCUCCAGAAGAUUUGAGAUGGAAAUCAUCAAAACUUGGUGACGCUUUCAGAUUAUUGAUUUCGAAGUAUAUCAAACCUGAUGAAUAUCGAGAUAUGAUUCGGAAAAUUGGGAAAUUGAAUAAGGAUUUGAAUAAUAUUUUCGAAAAACAAUUGAGACUGUUGACAGAAUCAGGAACUUUUCAGGAAUUCAAGGAAGUCAUGGGGUAUGUUUUGUGAUUUUUGAAACUUGAAAUAUUUGAUUUAUAUUUUCAGAUUCUCCCAUAAUCGAAUGUCUAGAUUAGAAUCAGAAAAAUUGUUACAAAAUUCUUGGGAAAGCUUCAAAAAGCUCCCAAAGUUCUGCGUCUCACAACUUGUUUAA